AUGGUUGAACAAUUUAAUGAGGAAAUAAAAAAGUUUUUUCCUUUCGAGCCCUACAAGAUUCAAUUAAAUUUUAUGAGAUUAUUUUAUCAAGUUCUGACAAGUUCAAAUAUUAAAAAAUAUGAUAAUUUAAAUUUAAUAUAUGAUGUUAUUCAACAAAAUAAAAAUAUACAAGCUAUCUUAAAGGAUGAUACUUGUAAUUUAAUAGGUGACCAUUUGAAUAAUUUAAAAAAUGAGGAUAUUCAAAAUACAGAAGAAGAACAUAUUAUUUGUGAAAUGAAGACUGGUUCUGGCAAAUCUUUGACCCUUCUGACGUCUUUAAUAUAUUGGCUGUGGAAACAUAAGAUGAAUCUAUUUUUCAUAAAAGAAAAUAUAGAAUUAAAAAGUACAGAACCCGAAUGGAUAAAAGAAAGCGUGAUAGAAAAGGUUAUAGAGAAAUAUAAACACAAGAUACAACAAAAGCAUAAGAUAAAAGAAAAUAAUUUAAACAUUUUGAAAAAAUACUUUUCUUUUACUGAUGAUAAAAUUACUCUUCAUAAAAAUAUAAAAAUAACCAAAAAAAAAUGUGAACAACAUGAGCCAGUCCAAAAAAACGACACCUUUGUUCUUCCAGAUAAUAAUGAUGAGGUUCCUAGUGAUUAUUCUAUUGAUGAUGGAGAUAAAAAAAAACAAAUAUUUAUUUGUAGUAGAACGCAAUCCCAGUUAAACCAAUAUUUUCAUGAGCUAAAAAAAAUAGAAAAAAAAAUGGGCAAAGAUUUUUCAAUAAAUAUGAUUAUCAUCGGGAGUAGAAAGCAUUUAUGCAUAAACGAGGCCUUCUUAAAAAAAUACAAAAAUGUAAACGAAUUAAACGAUUGCUGCAAAAAUAGUAAAUGCAAAUACAAAGAAAUAUAUAAUGAAAAAAUUGGACAAAAAUGGAAAAAAAAAAAUGAGAAGAAAAAGAAAAUAUUUUAUGAUUCUUCUUCUUCGUCUUCUUCUUGUAGUAAUUAUUCUUCAGAAAAUGAAGAUAUUGAGAAUCUUAAUAAUUAUAGUUUAAUAACAAAAUUAAUAAAUAAUAAAAAUGUAGAUAUAGAAGAUAUAAAAGACAUAUGUAAGAAUGAAUAUAUUGAAAUAUGUCCUUAUUAUUUAAGUAAAGAAAAUAUAAAAAAUGCUGAUAUAAUAUUAUUACCAUAUAUAUGUAUAUUAAAUGAAAAUAUAAGAAAUAAUUUAAAAAUUAAUAUAAAAAAUAAUAUUGUUAUUUUUGAUGAAUCACAAAAUAUUAUUGAGAAUAUUAAUAAUUGUAAUUCUCUAUGUAUAUCAAAUCAUCAUAUAUUUUUUUGUAAAUUAAUAUUAAAUGAAUAUAUUAAAAAAUAUAAACAUGUUUUAAAUAAUAAUAAUAUAAUAAUGAUAAAACAAAUUAUUGUCUAUUGUAAUUUACUUCUAGAAAGCUUUUCAUCUGUUCCACAAAAUUUAAUCAAUAUAAAUAAAUAUACUUUGUUAUCAAAAUUAGAUGCUUUAAAUUUAAAUAAUAUUUCAAAUUUUUUAAAUAAUUCGCAAUUUUGUAGACGAAUCAAAAUAUUUACAGAAUCUUUGAUAUCUAAAUAUUUUAAAAAUAUCAAAAAAUUUGUUCAUGCUCCGUUUUCUGUUUUCAAAACAAGUGCUAUAUAUAUAUUAAGUGAAUUCACACAGAAACUUAUUAAAUCCAAUCUAUAUGAUUAUGUCUGUAUUAAUCAUAAUGACGAUUAUUUGUCGACAACAGGGACAUGUAAAAAUAAUCAUGAGAAUCAAAUAAAUCAUUCCACGCAUAUCAUGAACGAUUACAAUUGUAGGGAUGAGAAUAUUAUGUUUUUAAAUAGUUGUGAUAUGAAUAAAAUCAAAAAUAAAAAAAGAAAUAUUACAUCAAAUGGUUCUUCCCUUAAUGAAAAUAACAAAAAUAAAUUACAAAAAAGUAAUCAUAACACAAAAGAGGAGUUGUGUUUUAUAAAUGAUAAUAAUAAUGAUGAUAAUGAUGAUAAUGAUGAUAAUGAUUAUUGUGAUAAUUGUGAUGAUAAUGAUUAUAAUGAUGAUACAUACCAUAACCUUAAGAUUUUUUUUGAAGAUUUAUUUGUAAAAAAAAAAAAAGAUUUAUUCAAAGAAAUAGAAGUUAUAAGUGUUAGCUCUUGUUGUAAUUUCAAAAGUAUUACAAAAGAUUGUAGUAAUGUUAUAUUAAUAGGUGGUACAUUAUAUCCAAUUGAAGAAUUUUUAUUACUUUUUUUAAAUAAUAAUAAAAAUAAGAUAAAAUUAUUUUCUUCUGAUUAUAUUUUUAAAAAAGAAAAUAUUUUUGCUCGUAUUUUUUCAACAAAUAUUGUUACAUCCGAUUUUAUUGAUAAUACAUAUAAGAACAGAUUAAAGAAUGAUCAUUUAUUAAAUUUAGCUAUAUAUAUAUAUAUGAUAACAUUCAAUGUAUUAUAUGGUAAUAUAAUAUUCUUCCCUUCUUAUAAUUUUCUAAACGAUUUUUAUAACUUCCUAAAUAAAGAAGGAGAAUAUAUUUUUAAUAAAAUAAAAAAAAAAAAAUUUGUUUUCUUUGAAAAAAAAAAUGAUGACGGAGUAGUCAAAAAUUAUAUUAAAAAUAUUGAAACUAUAAAAAAUCUGGAUGUCAAUUUACGAAUUCAAAAUGGAUGUAUUCUUUUUUGUGUUAUGAAUGGAAGAUUAAGUGAAGGAAUCAAUUUUUAUGAUGAUUUAUGUAGAAAUAUUGUAGUAGUAGGAAUCCCUUUUUUUAAACACGACAAUGUUGUUGAUAAAAAUUUAUUAAGACUAAAAUAUUAUAAGCAAUAUACAAAGGAUAUAAUGAAUACAGAUAAAAAUGAAAAUUCCAAAAUAUUAAUAUAUGAUGAUGUUCAUAAGAUGUGCGAGACAUAUGAAAUUAAAUAUGCCAUGAAAAUUAUUAAUCAAUGCAUAGGACGAAGUUUAAGACACGUUAAUGAUUUUUCAUCUUUUUUUUUUCUAGAUUAUAGAUUUUCUAAAAAAGAAAUUUUUCAGAAUUUACCAUCGUUUAUUAAAACACACAUAAACGAUAUGAACAACAAUAUAUAUAAACAUUAUGAUGAAACAGAUAAUAAUUAUAUAAAAAUUAAAGAACAUUUUCAAGACACAUAUGAAAAUAUUAAAAGUUUCUAUACAAAGCAAUUAUCAUCCUGUGCUUUUAAUUUUAAGCCGAUUAGCGAGGACCUCAUAUCUAAUUUUAUAAAGGACUUGGAUAUGUUAAAAAAAUUUCAUGACACACAAAAUAAAUAA